AUGUUUCAUUCACUGUUUUCAUUCGCUUGGAGUUCAUAUGGCGGUGAUGAGGACAAACGUCAAAACUCAUCAGACCAGGAUGAUGAACAUAAUGGUAGUGAGCACGAAAUCGAAAUUACUAAUGUUACGAAGGAGGGUUGUGAUCGAGCUGAUUCGUCACAAUUCGAGCUGCUGCAGACGUUGGGUGCCGGUUCCUUUGGAAAAGUUUUUCUUGUUCGAAAGACUGUUGGACCUGACGCGGGUACACUCUAUGCGAUGAAAGUACUUACAAAAGCGAGUCUCAAAGUUCGUGAUCGACAGCGAACAAAGAUGGAGAGAGAUAUCUUAGCUCAAAUAUCCCAUCCAUUCAUUGUUAAACUUCAUUAUGCUUAUCAAACACAAGGCAAAGUAUAUUUGGUGCUGGAUUUUCUACGUGGCGGUGAUCUUUUCACACGUCUAUCAAAAGAAGUCAUGUUCACGGAACGAGAUGUUCAAUUCUACUUAGCGGAAUUGGCACUUGCUCUCGAUCAUCUACAUUCUCUUGGCAUUGUCUAUCGCGAUUUAAAACCCGAAAACAUUCUCCUCGAUUCAGAUGGUCACAUUGCUCUAACUGACUUCGGUUUAUCCAAAGAAUCGAUUCCAACGCAAGAUUCGAAAACAUUCUCGUUCUGCGGUACGGUGGAAUACAUGUCACCUGAAGUAGUAUCACGUAAAGGACACUCGCAUGUUGCUGACUGGUGGUCGUUCGGUGUUCUUGCAUUCGAAAUGAUCACUGGACAUUUACCGUUUCAUGGUGCAAACCGUAAAGAAACAAUGAAUAUGAUAUUGAAAGCGAAAUUAGCUAUGCCAACUUAUCCAUCAUUAGAAGCGCAAAGCUUAUUACGAAUGUUAUUCAAACGUAAUCCAGCCAAUCGGUUAGGCGCAGGACCUGAUGGUUUUCGUAACAUUCAAAAACACGCAUUUUUUGUCUCGAUUGAUUGGGAUAAAUUAUAUCGACGAGAAAUUGAACCACCAUUUAUACCACCGAUUCAUUCUGACUAUGCACAUUAUUUUGAUAAAGAGUUUACAUGUAAAACACCAACAGAUUCACCGGGUAUUCCACCCAGCGCUGAUGCUAAUAAAACAUUUCAAGGCUUCAGCUACAUCGCACCAGAUCUCAUUCAUGCUCGUCAAGGCGAUCCAACGUAUGUGAGUAACAUCGAGCGACGUUUACGAGCAAUCAGUGGCGUGAAAUUUACUCCGUUCAAUGAUGAAUACGAAUUAAAAGAAGCACUCGGACGAGGAAAAAUGUCGAUAUGCUAUCGCUGUAUACACAAACAAACACAUAUGGAAUAUGCAGUGAAAGUCAUCAAAGAUGCACAUAUUCAUGAUCCGGCUGACGAAAUCGAACUAUUAUUUUGUUAUCGACAACUAACACAUAUCAUUCAUAUACGCGAUGCGUUUUACAAUACGCCAAGUGUUUAUAUCGUUACUGAAUUGAUGCGUGGUGGUGAAUUAUUUGAUAAAAUUCGUCAAGAAAAAUCGCUGUCAGAACGUGAAAGUGCCAAAAUCAUGUUUGUGAUCAUAAAAACAAUCGAGCAAUUGCAUCGAAACUCAAUCGUACAUCGUGAUCUACAACCACGAAACAUAAUGUAUCUUGAUGAGAGUCGUCAGGCAUCAUCGUUGCGAAUCGUUGACUUUGGUUUUGCCAAGCAACAACGUGCAGAAAAUGGUUUACUGAUGACACCGUGUUUUACUAAAGAAUAUGCUGCGCCUGAAGUUCUCUCGAAAAAACAGUACGAUGAAUCCUGUGAUAUAUGGAGUCUUGGAGUAUUGUUGUACACCUUAUUGUCUGGUAAUACACCAUUCGUUUGUGAUCGAAAUGAUUCUCAUGAAACAAUUCUUGCACGAACAUCUACCAAGAUACAAUUUACAGGGCCAACGUGGGAUCGAGUAACAGAUAAUGCAAAAGCACUUGUCAGUUCAAUGCUUGAUGUGGAUGCAAAAAAGCGACCAACGGCACUUCAGCUGUGUAAACAUCCAUGGUUUUCUAAUAUUGAUAAUCUCCCAAAUGUCAAAUUGAGUAAUAUUCAAGAUUAUAAUCUCGUCCGCCACAAUCUUGAUGCUACAUUUAAUGCAAUGAAUGCUAAUACAAAUAAAACGUUAGCACUUGGUCCAAUUGGUGACUCGAAUCUAUUUAAACGACGCAAUGAACGAACUGUUCAUCAACAAAAAGUUGCGACAGUGAAAUGA